AUGUCCUCGUCGCCGCCGUCGGACCCGCUCCCGCAACCGGCAUCAUGGGGCGCAGAUUACCCGCCGGGUAUCGCACCACGCUCAGAGGCUAGAAGGUUUGCGGCAGCUCGUGCAGCGCUCAAGGUUCAAAAGGCGGCUGUGGCAGAGUUUGAGCGUCGGCAUGGUCCCAUCCCGCGCAAGGUCAAGGUCAUCUCGCCGCCAUCGGCGUCCACCUUUAUGCGCAAGUACGUCGCCCACAAUAGGCCCGUCAUCAUCCGCGGCGCCGCAGAGCACUGGCCGGCUCGCGCAAAGUGGGAUCUUGACUACCUUGACGACGCCAUCGGCAAGCGCAAGAUCAACGUCAACGUCAUGCCGUACUCGGCUGGCUCAGGCACCAUCGUUGGUGGCCAUCACGUCGAUCCCAAGCUCGUCACUAUGCGCGUCACAGACCUCAUCUCCCUUCUCCACUCUGAGGCCGACUCUGCCAAGUCCAAGUCCAAGUCCAAGGCCAAGGCCCAGAAGAAGAGCAAGAGGAAGACUGCCAAGGCGUCCAAGAUCAAGGCCCAGAAGAACAGGAAGAAGUCCGCAAAGGCGUCCAAGACCAACGGCCACGCAAACUCUGCCCUUCCAGACAAGUACUACGUCUCGUCCAAUGAGAACAACUUUACCAAGCAAUUCCCAGAGCUCAAGGGCGACGUCGACAUGCGCGGCUUUGGCUUCUUCCCCGCCGCCAUCGACUCGGUCAAUCUGUGGAUGGGCGGCGAGGGCUGCUUUUCGCCACUCCACAACGACUACAUGGACAACCUGUAUCUAGUUGUCCGCGGCCAAAAGUCGUUCCGCCUCUACUCGCCGCUCUCCUCCAUCUUUCUCUACGAAGCUCGAUUCCGCAAGGCCUUCUUCGACAAGUCGCCCGACGGCGAGUGGUUCAUCGACGAGGUCGCGCCCAUCAAGCACCAGAACUGGAUCGCUGUCGACCCACUCUCGCCGGACUAUGCCCGCCACCCCCUCUUCAAGUACGCCGCACCCAUUGACGUCACUCUGGAGGAGGGCGACAUGCUCUUCCUCCCUACACACUGGUACCAUCAGGUCUCUCAGUCUGUCGAUGCCGAGGGCAAGUGCAUCGCCCUCAACUACUGGUUCAAGCAUGACGUGCCCUACGACUACGUCGAUCUAUUCAACGCCACAGAGUCCGCCGCACAGGCCAUCCUUGGCGAGCGCUUCCUCUACGACGGCCCCUCAUCGUCGUCGUCGGACACAGCCGCGGCGUCGUCGUCCACCGACUCGGCAACAGACUCGCUCGACUCGGAGACAACCUUUGAUCCACUGCACGACAUCUGACCACUCCGCA